CCAUCUUGGCGAGCGGCCGGAUUGAAUGAGCGCGCAGAGCCGCGGCCGCCGUCCCGAACCGCGCGGGCCCCGUGCCGCCGCCGCCGACGCCGCCGCCAUGGCCACGGCCACGCCGCCGCCCGGCCGCGCGGGCGGGCCCUCCACGCCGCUGUCGCCCACGCGCCUGUCGCGGCUGCAAGAGAAGGAGGAGCUGCGCGAGCUCAAUGACCGCCUGGCGCACUACAUCGACCGCGUCCGCGCGCUCGAGCUCGAGAACGACCGGCUGCUGCUCAAGAUCUCCGAGAGGGAGGAGGUGACCACGCGCGAGGUGAGUGGCAUCAAGACGCUGUACGAGGCAGAGCUGGCCGACGCCCGCAGGGUGCUGGACGAGACGGCCCGGGAGCGGGCGCAGCUGCAGAUCGAAAUUGGGAAACUGAGAGCCGAGCUGGAGGAGGCCAACAAAAGCUCCAGGAAGCGGGAGGCCGAGCUCUCGGCAGCUCAGGGCCGCGUGAAAGACCUGGAGGCCCUGUUCCACCGGAGCGAGGCGGAGCUGGCCACCGCCCUCAGCGACAAGCGUGGCCUGGAGAGCGACGUGGUGGAGCUGCGGGCCCAGCUGGCCAAGGCAGAGGACGGCCACGCUGUGGCCAGGCAGCAGCUGGAGAAGGAGACGCUGAUGCGCGUGGACCUGGAGAACCGCCGCCAGAGCCUGCAGGAGGAGCUCGACUUCCGCAAGAACGUCUUCGAGGAGGAGGUGCGGGAGACGCGGCGGCGGCAGGAGCGCCGCCUGGUGGAGGUGGACAGCAGCCGGCAGCAGGAGCACGACCUGAAGGUGGCCCGCGCGCUGGAGGAGCUGCGCGGCCAGCACGAGGAGCAAGUGCGGCUGUACCGGCUGGAGCUGGAGCAGACCUACCAGGCCAAGCUGGACAGCGCCAGGCUGAACUCCAGCCAGAGCGACAGGGCCGCCAGCGCCGCGCGGGAGGAGCUGGAGGAGGCCCGCGUGCGGCUCGAGUCCCUCAGCUACCAGCUGUCCGGCCUGCAGAAACAGGCAGGUGCCGCCGAGGACCGCAUCCGUGAGCUGGAGGACACCGUGGCGGGGGAGCGCGACAAGUCCCGGAAGAUGCUGGACGCCAAGGAGCAGGAGAUGGCAGAGAUGCGGGACGUGAUGCAGCAGCAGCUGGCCGAGUACCAGGAGCUGCUGGACGUCAAGCUGGCCCUGGACAUGGAGAUCAGCGCCUACCGCAAGCUCCUGGAGGGCGAGGAGGAGAGGCUGAAGCUGUCGCCCAGCCCCUCGUCGCGGGUCACCAUCUCGCGGGCCGCCCUGAGCAGCGGCAGCAGCGUGCAGGCGUCGGGGCGCUCGGGCCGCAGCAAGCGGAAGCGUCUGGAGGCGGAGGAGCCGAGCUCGGGCCCCAGCGGCCUGGGCACAGGGGGCGGCGGCGGCGGCUUCCACCUGGCGCGGCAGACCUCCGCCUCGGGCAGCGUCAGCAUCGAGGAGGUGGACCCGGAGGGCAGGUUCGUGCAGCUGAGGAACAGCUCCGAGAAGGACCAGUCUCUGGGUAACUGGAGGAUCAAGAGGCAGGUGGCAGAAGGCGAGGAGAUCGCCUACAAGUUCACACCCAAGUAUGUGCUGCGGGCUGGCCAGACCGUCAGGGUGUGGGCAGCUGGUGCGGGGGUGGCCCACAGCCCCCCCUCAGCGCUCGUGUGGAAGAGCCAGGGCAGCUGGGGCACUGGCGAGAGCUCCCGCACCAUCCUGGUCAACGCUGACGGGGAGGAAGUGGCCAUGAGGAUGGUGAAGCAGUCCUCUGUGGUGCGGGAGGCCGAGAACGGGGAGGAGGAAGAGGACGGAGCUGACUUCGGAGAGGAGGAUCUGUUCCACCAGCAGGGGGACCCGAGAACCACCUCGCGCGGCUGCCGAGUAAUGUGAAGGGGCACGCCUCAUCACCCAUCUUUCUUUAUUCAGAGCCACUGAAAAUUAUUUUUAUAUCAUUGGCUUUCUUUUAGUCCUUGGUACAUUUCUAGAGAAUUUUUAAACUACCAGAACGUGGGGGCGGGUCUCUGCUGAUCUUUGUAUGGGUGGGUUUCCUGGGACCCUCCCUGUAGUGGCGCUGUCUACACUGUUUUUCUGUCCCCCGUUUCACCUCUUUGUUAAGUUUGAGCCCCAGGAAGCCAGUGGCCAGCGAGCGGGAGUGGAGGCUGGGUCCACACCAGGCUCUGAGGGGCAGUUGGCUGUACCCUGCUGUCCUCAGCUGGUGGGCUGGGCUCCUGCCCCUGGAGCCUGGAGGUGGCCAAAGCAGGCUGUGCAGGAAUUCAGUAGUUGUUUAUGUGAGCUUAUCAGAAACCAAAUUCAGAAUCUGGAUCCCGUCCUGGUGGGGCGCAGGGGUACCCCUGUCAGAUUUUGGUGGCUGCAAACCAGACGAGAUGUCGUAGGUGUGGGGGGAAGCAGGUUUCUACCGACUGGUCUGGACUUUGAGAGUUUGGGAUUCCGGUGCUGCCUGUGUUGGGGUGCAGGCAGGGAUUCUGGGCAGGACCUCCCGUUUCCCCUUCUGGCUGACUGAUCCUUGUGUUUCGGAGCUUUCUGCAGUUGAGUUCCUCAGCCUGCAGGACCAGCAGGUCAGGGAGAUAGAAGCCUGGGGAACGGGGACAGUCGUGUACUGAGACUUGUCACCAAGUAAAGGUGGAGGGGACAGUGUGGCACCCUCGAAAGUCAGUGCCUCAGGUUUCAGAGCAAGUGUAACAACCACUUCCGGCCCUCCGGUCGGGAGGAAGGUGACCUCAGGGUAAGCCACGGGAUGGCCCCGCUGCUGCCGUGUUCGUACGCGUUCUCUGUGCCCUUGCUUCGUCUGUGGCCGCCUUGCUGGUGUCCCUCAGGCCCGCCAAGGCCAGUUGACUCCACAGGGUGGCCCCCCAAUAAGCAGUCCAGCUUCCGGCCCCAGUGAGCCUUCUGCGUUAGCUCACCUCCCCGUUUACACCCUGUUCCGCAUAGACACACACACAGAAGUUAUUUUUUUAAUGGAUAUUUAUUUUUUUACAUUGGUCGGGACUCAGAUUGCAGGGACCCCGCCUUGGGCUCACCGUCUAGUCCCCAAGGGGCAGUGUUGAGGCUGUUUUGGUGAGCCUGCUGCCCCUGAGGGUGGGCGUUGACAAAGAACCUCUGCUGGCCUGGCCUGGGCUGGGAGCCACGGGCCUGUCCGCCUGCCUGUCCUGCUUGGGAAUCGCUCAUGGCGAAGGGUUAGCGGGUGGCAGCGUCACCGUGGCUGCUGCCCUGAGGCUCUACCUGCAGCCCUUCUGUUUUUGGUCCAGACUCUUUCUGUGGCUACUUGAGUCCUGGGCUGAGGACUCCCAUUUCCCCUGUGGAGCGAAUGCCUGACCAGACAGCCCCUCACUGAAGGUGCAGACAUGCUCCACUUCUGGAAGUCCCAUGCUUGCCCUGGCGGUGCACUACCCCCGCCCUUGUGUGACCUGCUCCCCCAGGCAGCUCCCCUUCCCGGCGUGGUGGCCCAUGCAGAGAAUGGUUGCUCUGGCAGUGAGCUGGUGGGGAACCCAUGUUACGUUUGCCCUGGGUUCAGCCACUUCCUGUAUAUUUUGGGAAUCUCAGGAGGGCUCAGGGCUGUGUCCUUGUACAUGGGUCUGUGAUGUGCUGACCUGGGCUCGCAGGCAAGGCUCCUGGAUAGGAAGGGAGUGGGCCCUGCCCUUCCUGCAGGCCCAGGGCUGCUGCCCGAGUACCCUGCACAGCCCCAGGGGCCUGCAGACAGCUGCUCCUGGCAGAUGAUGCUUGUCAUGCAGACCCCCUUCUCAGCCUUCCCCACUCAUGUUGGUGUGGCUGGGGUCUUGGGUGGACCCAGGGAGGUGGCCUGGGCAUCCUUGUCUGGUGGAGGAAGAUAUGCUGGACUCUGUGGCCAGUUGGCAAGUGGAGGCUGGUGAUUAUUUGGAAACAGCAGAAUCCAAUGUUAAAAUGUCAACUAUGGCCUGGGAAACAAAUUGCGCUAGUCCUUAGACAUGUUUAGCUUUAAGCCGUUUCCAGGGAUGCGGAAGUGGUUCAGGCCUGGUGAACACUCGCCCCACGCCCUGCCCUACGGUGAGGCUCGCUGUGCUGCGCGCACACCCGGGACCCAGCCGUUGCAUUAUGUUAGCUCAGCCGGAGUCGUGCUGACAUUCAUCGGGACAAGGGCUGCUCCAAGGUCUUAAGUCCGCUCCCCAGGCGGAGCACCAGCGCCACUUGAGGACCCGGCUUUAGGAGCUGGGCUGGUCUUCCCCUUGGCUUCGGGUCGGUUUUUAAGGGAUGCAUGCCAAACGUGUUGUCUUUUUUUUUUUUCUCCAAUGAUUUGUAAUACGCAUUUUAUGACUGGAACCUUUUGUACAACACUCCAAUAAACACUUUGGUUUUAA